AUGCAGAAACAUCGUAUUACGUACGUAAAAGAACAAUUAUAUCACUGCAUUUAUAGAUUACAAAAGCCCCAGCGGAAUAAGAGAGGUUUGAUAAAUGCACUAGGCUCAAUAAUGAAAGCAAUCACCGGCAACCUUGAUAAUAACGAUUUAGUUAAUAUUGAUAAGAAGUUUAGCAUAACCACGGAUAUUAUGGAUAAUAUUACCAAAAGAAUUCAGAAUGUUUCCGAAUAUAUUAAUAUUUUUGUAAAUCAAUUUAAUGAAAACACGUCAAGAGAAACAAUUGUCAAUGAAUUAUUAUUUAGCCUUGAAAGUCUCAAAGAUAUGUGUUACAGAAUUACUGAAUCAUAUGUAUUUGCGCAACACGAUAUAUUACACCCUUCGAUCAUUGACCAACUGCACUUAAUGGAUAGUUUAAAACAAAUACCUGCUUCAAUAAAUGUAUUAAAAGACCCCUUAAAACUAGAAGCCCAAAUUACUCCUCACGUUAUAAUAGAAUCAAACAUCAUGAUAUUUCAACUUCCUAUUCCUAUAAUUUCCAAAGACUUUUAUUACUUAGAAUACUUAUUACCUAUAAUAAACAAAGUAGAUGAAAAUUGUUAUAUUCCCAACCUCAUGCCUGGCCAUUACCUCAUUAGAAAUAACCAAGUGUAUAAAGCUAAAGAAUGUAAACAACGGAUUUGCACCAUCGAUGUGACAGACGACUGCAUCAAACGAAGUAUCUUCAAACAAAAGAACGAAUGUAAACAAUUGUUAGUAUUCUGCCCUGCUACUUACUCAAGAAAAAUUAAUAACAACCUAUAUUACCAAUACACAAACAAGGAAAAGUCUAUUGAAGAUCGAUGUACCUCAGAAAGGAAUUCUCUGCUUGGAUCUUACUUAGAAGACAACACCGAGUGCUUCCAGCAAGACGCCAAAACAGAGUUACAAGUUUACCAAAUGGAUGAAAGUUUAGCAACAGAGAUUAUGAAUAAUUAUCCCAUAUCAUUACCUAACAGUAAUGAAGAAGUGCAAGAACAAAUCAAGCUCUUACGACGGUAUGAAUUAGUAGAUAAUAAAGUGGAAACGUUAUACACAGAAUCAUAUAUCACAGCUGGACUAAUAACAACUUUGAUUACCGUUUUCUGCGUUCUUCGAAAGAAGAUACGAAGAUACUCAACACUGGGGGAGGAGAGAAAAGCACAUGGUAAAGCUGUAGAUAACGUAAAACCCUCAUCCCUGGAAGAGGGCACGAGGGAUAACACUUGCGACACUAUUAUUCAUUACGAUUAA